CUGAAAUCUUUGCUCUAUAAAGAACAACUGGGCUCUAAUUUCUGAGUCUACAAAGGAAGAAAAUCAUAACAAGGCCCACUGGGAUGCAGAAUCACCUACACAUUCCUCUUUCUCUUGCUUGUCCUCACCUGAAUAUGUGUUCCUGAAGCAUUGGCUGUGUUUUACUGGCAGCAGCCAUCUCAACUAGUUCCAGAAUAAUACAAACAAGCUGCCAACCAGAGCUCCCAGAAGCCCCAGUCCACUUUUGCAAGAGUCAGAAAAAAUGGGAGCUGAUGUCCAAAUUAUCUGGAGGACCAAAGACUGGGAACCACAGUUUGGCUGCCAUGUUUCAUUUCUUUAACAAGCCUGGCUGCAACACUUGUGUUGAUGCUGUCUGACUUCCCCAGCCACUGUGGGAAGCACUGAAACAGCUUCCAUCAUGGAUGAAAAUGGUACAGCCCUUUACAGUGUUACAGCCAGCUGGAAAUCUGAGACGACUCAGUCCAUGCCAUUAAACACAACAACAAACAACUCCUGCCUUUGGCCAAAAGAAUGGCAGUGGCUAUUAGAUAUCCAACCAGUAUUCCUCUGGUUUCUUGCCAUCGUGGGAGCAGUUGAGAACCUGUUUGUCCUCAGCGUGUUGUGCUUCCACAAGAGCCGUUGCACGGUGGCUGAAAUUUACUUAGCAAACUUAGCUGCAGCUGACCUUCUGUUACUCUGUGGUUUACCUUUCUGGGCAGUCAAUAUAACCAGUAAUUUUCAAUGGCCAUUUGGGCUCCCCCUUUGUAAAGCCAUUAACACUAUCCUGUAUAUGAACUUAUACUCUAGCAUUUACUUCUUGGUAAUGGUGAGCAUUGAUCGCUACUUGGCCUUAGUGAAAACCAUGUCACUUGGGCGUAUGCGCCGACCAUGGUGUGCCAAAUUAAACUGCUUCAUCAUUUGGGUCUCUGCACUAUUCCUAUGUUCUCCUGCUCUGAUAUUCAGGUCCCUAAAAUAUGUGCCUGAGUAUAACAUCACAGCAUGCAUGCUGGAUUACCCAUCCUUGGACCAGUGGGUAGUGAUUACAAACACUUUGCUUAACACAGUGGGCUUUUUGAUGCCCCUCUGUGUCAUCAUCUACUGUACAAUUCAGAUCAUCCAAGCUUUACAAAAAAAUGAAUUCCAAAAUAUCAAAGCUAUUCAGACUGAGAAAAAAGCCACCAUCCUGGUCCUUUCAGUCCUUUUACUAUUUAUCAUCUGCUGGCUCCCUUUUCAGAUCACCACAUUCUUGGAGACAUUAAGACAAAUAGAUAUUCUUCCAGGUUGUGCCAAUGAGCAAGCCCUUGAUGUGGCUACACAGAUUGCUACCUAUUGCAGUUUCAGCAACAGCUGCCUUAACCCAAUAGUGUAUGUCCUUGUGGGAAAACACUUCCGAAAAAAAUCCAAAGAACUCUACAGUAGGAUGAUACGUCGGAGACCCAGCGCAGCACCAUCUGUCCAAAUAAUGACUACCAUGGAAACUAUUCGGAUGUCCUUCUCAGUGGAAAAUCACAGGAAAAAGUCUGCUGUUAACUUGCCACGAUAGCAUCAUUUGCAUAUUUCUGUUGAAAAAGGCAAAACUUUACAUGUAGCAGUGGGUUGUAGAUGUUUCCCCCACUUUGAAGAAAGUGGACUCAUGCAUUGCUGCUGAAAUUUGGGGGAAUCUCACAUGAGUUGUAAAGUUUGCAAAGGCCAGGGGUGGGCAGAAAGUAGAUCUGGAUCAAUUUGUUAAUCUGUGGGUGCUUUGCAGUACAUUGGCAAGGGUUUCUGCAUUCCAGUUUUUAUCAAAUGCAGAAUCAAACUGAUUCCAACUCUGAGAAUUAUAUUGCUAAGAUGAAGAAUGUAUCAGAUAAUAGGCAUAGAUUUUGUGUGAAAAAAAUGUGAGUUCUCCUAUGUUAUGGUACUCAAAAAUGAGUCUUGAGCUUAGGCGUUAAAUGUGUGUCUUUUGCACCAGAGUGCAGGUUCUGGUAAAAAAACAACAAGACAAAGUUAAUCCAGCAACACUUGCCCCCAG